GUGUACUAACGCAAACAGGCGCGUUGGCAGACUGUAAGACCCAAUUACUUUUAUUUUGAAAAACUUAGACCGGAAGUGCUCAUGUAAACUGAACACGCAGAGUCACUGGAAACAGUCCAGAGUAAAGUAUGGACGACAUAGAUGCGGAAUUGGGACUGUUGGAGACGCACCUGGAUGACGUCUGGAACGAUGACCUGGAGGGAGAGGAGAGGGCCGCACCGGCGAGGCUACCUGUGAAAGUACACUGGGACACAGAAACGCAUUUGGAGUCGGGGUUCCACAGGACAGCCAGACUCUGCCUGAGGAGAAUCCAUGGCCUGAUGCUGCAGCAGCGAUGGCAGGAGGCAGCGGAGUACAUGAGCAGCUACGCCCAGACCCUGGAGGACUCCUCUAUGCCCUGCCAAAUGCAGGCUGCGGAGAUUAUUUGGAAGCUGGGGACAGCGAUUCUUCAGCAGCACCCAAACAGCCGGCCGGAGGACUUCAGCUCUUUCUACGAGCGGAUGAAGCACACGGGUGUGAAGCAUUACCUGAAGAUUUCCUUGGAGCACUCUUUCCACUUGCUGGUGAAUGGGAAGUUUGACGAUGCCAAACGGCAGUUGUCCGUCGCGGAGAGCUGGAGGUACGGGAAAAUCUCGGCUUCUCAAUCGCAGACGAUCAAGCUGAUCCAGGCAUAUCGGGCCUUCCUGGAUUACUUCACCUGGUCGACAAAGAAAUCGAUUGUCUCUGCGGGCGAUGAGUCCGAUGUAUCUGCCAAUCAAGAGAUGCAUGUUUACUUCAGACAGGCCUCUGUCACCCUGAAGGAAGUACUGAAGGAGCCAGGAGUCUGGGAUCCGUUUAUUAUCAGCUAUGUCGAUAUGCUGGAGUUCUACGAUGACCAGGAGGGGGCGCUGCACGUCCUGGAGGAGUACGCCUACAACAGCCGGUUCCCACCCAAUCCCAACGCGCACGUCUACCUGUACCAGUACCUGAAGAAGCACAAGGCCUCGAAGAAGCGGCUAAUCAAAGUGCUGCAGGUCCUCCAAUCGCUGGUCCCCUGUCACGAGCUCAUGCUGGAGUUAUGCAGCCUCCUGGUGCAGAGAGGAGAAGAGGAGCACCUUCGGGAGGCUGUAUCUGUCAUUUUUAGUCUCCUUGACUACAGCGGCUGGAAGGACAGCUUGGAGGCCUGGUCUUGCCUGCGGAACAUUCUCCGGCUUCUCAAGAAGAAACACAGGCAUUUAGCCGCAGGGGAGUGGGAGAGCAGGCCCUGGUGGACGGCGUAUCACUUCAGCACCUUCCAGGCCAAGAGGAACCUGGAGAUGAACCCUCGGCUGGCCAAAGCGAAGGCAGCGGUGGCAUCGGCCAUGAGCGCCAACGGUAACGGUGAGUCUGUACCGCCACCGCACUGA